AUGAACUAAAUUGGAAUUGUUGAUAAAUUAGAUGAUUCCUUCAAAAAAUUUAACUCCCGCAUUCUUGAAGUUGAUUAAGGUCGCAUCAAAUAUUAUUCUAAACCACCACCAGAUUUUCAAUCUGAAAAUCCAAAACUAAAUGAUAAACCUAAAGCUGGGUUAAAUUUAAAUCAUAUUGUAUAUUAGAAUACUCUUCAGCAGUAUAGUAGAUAUAAUUGAAGCAGACCCUAGAAUUAGUAAUGAUCUCUAACCUAGAGUGAUAGCCUUCACUUUUUAUUCUAAUCAAUUACUUAAAGGGAAUGAACUAAAUAAACCAGAACCUACUCUUCCAAAACCUAAACCACCAUUAUAAACUUGGAUAUUUCUAUUCAGAGACAUAGAAUCCAGGGAAAGAUGGUGUGAGAUAUUUGCUAUGAAUUUGUAAAGACAAGAAGCACCAACUGCUUCUGUAAAGUAAUUUGUAGAAAAUCAAUUGAAAUAAUUAGAAAAAUUAAGGUACUCUAUUUUUUUUAUUUUUUUUUUAAGUCCUGAUUAGAUUAAAGAACAAAAUCCAAUAGAAAGUGUUGAUGAAGAAGAGAAACUCAAAAAUGAGGCAAAAGUUCGAUCUGGAAAAGUUAAAUAAUUUAGAACAAAUUUGAAAUUAUAAGAAAUUGAUAGGAAAAAUAAAGAAGAAGAAAUAAAUAGAUAAAGAAAAUAAUAAUUUGAAGAAGAAUAAAAAAGAGUCAAUCUAUAAAGAGAAGAGGAAGAGAAAAAGAGAAGAGAAGAAGAAUAACGAAAUUUAAGAAGAGAAUAAGAAAGAUAAAUGAAGUUGAGAAUAUCAACAGCUUGGGAAUUUAGAUAUUAUUAAGCAUUAGAGGAUUGUAUUGAAUCAUGUGAUAAUUUUGAUAACAGUAUGAAAGCUGGUCUAAGAUUAAUUAAAUAUUUAGAGACUUUUAAAGAAUAAGCUUUUAUUACAGUAAAAUAACUUAUUUGUGAACUUUUGGAUAAAAAAAUUACAGUUGUAAAUUAAAAUUAGAGUGUUAAUUUAAUUGAAGAAGACAAUUUAAAAAAAGUAUUGCUUUUUAUUUAAUAAUUUUAAGACUAUAUUCUCUAAACCUAAAAAGAAAUAAUAAAAUAAUGAAGAAAAUAAUUAUGUUGGUUAAUUUCAAGAUUGUUUUUAUGGUACUUUUUAAUUUAAAAGUAAUAAUAUGCUUAUAUAUAUUGCAACAUCUGAAACUGUUGAAAGAACCCUUUUAAUACCUAAUAAAUCAGUAAUGAUUUAAAGUCUUAAUCUAAAUUUAUUAGAAUUACCUUUUUGGUAUGGAAUUGUACAUUCAAAUUGUAAAAAACGAUAAUUGUCAGAUGAAUUUAAAGCUUUAAAUUAUUUGAAUGAUAUUUGUUUCUCACAAAGAUCUGUUAAUAAAUAUUUUAAACUCAAAGUUCCAUUAUCAUGUUAAAUUGAAUAUUUAGGAUUUAAAGCUUUAGUCUUAGCAUGUCCUCCAUCUCCUCUUGAUGAUUCUUCUCUUAUUUAUGGUGUACCAAAUGGUGAAAGUUAUUACAAAGCAUCAUAAAAACUAGAAUUAGAAAUUGAAGCUUUAGGUAGAAGUUUAGCAAUCAAACCUCAUUGUUUUAUGUGGAAAAUAGAAAGAUUUGAUCCAAAAAAAAUAUAAUUGGAUACAAAAAGAUCUGUAAUCUAAUUAUCUGUUAAUACUUAAAUACAUAGUGGUAAUAUUGCUGAAUUUGAAUAAUUAAAAGCUUAGAUUAAAAUAUAUGCAGAUUAGGAAUCUGAAUAAGAAGUUAAACGAUAAGGUUUAUUUUAUUUACUUAAAGUGAAGGAAAUACUACCUUAUAUUAUUGAAGAACAUUAUUCAGAAUUAGUUGAACAAUCUAAUAAGACAAUUCCUGCAAAUCAUAAUUUUGAUCAUUUACUUUAAAAUUAUGAAUUUAGAAGAGCAAGACCAGAAUUUUUAUCUGUAUAUUAUGAUACAGGAGUAAGUGGUUAAUUAAGAGCAUAAUAAAGUAACAUUCAAAACAGAAAAGUUUAUAAUCCUGAUGCUUAUGAUACUAUUGAAGAAUCAAAUGAUAUAUCAAUUGAUUAAAUGGCAUUAGCAGAAAUGAGUAAAAAUUUCAUUAGAGGUUAUAUUCAAGAAUUUGUUAAUAAAAUUGAUUAAUUAGAAAUAUGUCCUAUAGAUAGUUAUACUCUAAGAGAAAGUUUUAGACUUUUUGGUAUAAAUAUGAGAUUCCUUAAUUUAGUAGCAUUAUAAACUAAGUAUUAAUUUUUUAUCAAAUAUUAGAAUUCCCCAUGUUCAAUAAUUAUGUGAAGUAGAAAUGAUGGCUAGAUCAAUUAAGAAUAUAUUUAAUUAAUAAUUUACAGAGUUUUUGUAAACUAUAACAGAGGAUUAGAUUCCAUAUAAACCAUUUGAUCCUAAAAAAAUAAUUAGAGAACCAUUUUCUGAUUAAGAAGAAAUGGAAACAAAGAGAAAUUUUCCUAAAAAAUAAUCCAUUAUGUUACCACGUACUAUUAUUUAAGAAAGAGAAACUAUGUCAGAUUUCAUAGAAAUGUAAUAUAAAGAAUAAUUAGCAGAUUUAUUAAAUUUAUUAUUUUCAAAGAGUAAUAUUUUUUAUGAAUAAAUUCUAUUUAAAUAAGUAUUAUUUGAUUUUAAUUAUGACUUGAAUUUAAAAUUAAAAGGAAUUUGUUCAGGUAGUUUAUUAAGUGCUUUAUAAUAUAAUUUAAAAUUUGAAUCAAAAUUUGAACCUAAAGAUAUUAUUUUUGGAACUCCAUAUGCAUAAGUAGAUGAAAGUGUUAUAAAUAAAUUUAAUUUGAAAUAGUAUUUACAUUAAAAAACAUACUAGCAAUUAUAUAAAACAUCAAUGAUUCCAGCAUCAUCAUAAAUGACUCCAUUAACAACUCCUCCAACUAAAGGAGCUCAUUCAAUUAAGUAAAUUAAUAAAUAGGUAUUUUUUGAUGCCUCUUCUAUAACUUAAUUAAGAUUCGAUGUUCAAAGUUUUUCUAUGUUAGAAGUUGAGAUCUGUAAAUUGGUGAAUAAAUUUAAUAUCUUCAAACUAUAGUAAAAUUACCAAUUGGCAAUUAAAGUUCUUCAUAUGUAAAUUAAAUUUUGACAAAUCAGACGCCUAAACCUUCUUGAAGGACUUGAACAUUCCAGUAACAUAGCUUAGGCCAAAACCAUAGUAUUGACAGACCUAGCAGAAUUACAUUUUAAAUAGAAACAGUAUUAACAAACAAUGGUUAGAUUAGCUGAGGCAUUGAAAUAUUUGAAUCCAAAUAUUUAUUUAGAUAGUGAGAAUCUUCUUAAUUAACUUUCCAAUAUGAAUUAGAGAUGGAUUCCAAAGGUGGGAAUGAUUCGUCCAUUAAUGUUAUUAUUAGAAAUAGUAACUGAAUUAUAUUAGGAUUAUGUAUUCAUAGUAUUUGAUUUGUUGAUAUUUAAUUUGGAAUUUUGUUUAGGUUCUUAACAUCAUUAUUAUGCUAAAGUAUUUAAUAUUAUGGGUACAUUUUUUAAGAAUAGAGGUUAAAUAGAGGAUAUGCUUUAGAUGAAUACAAUGUAGAUAAUUUGUCUUAUUAAAACUAUUGGUCAUUAACAUUAAUUAACUGCUGAUGCAUAUAUUGAAAUUGGAGAAUAAAAAUAAAGUCCUGAAUAAUAAAUACUCUUUUAUGAAAAAGCAUUUUAUAUUUUUGAAACUCUUUAUACAGACAAUAGUCUUUAGACAGCUUAUGUAGCUUGUAAAUUAACUAAAGGUUAUACUGAUUGUGGUAAAAUUAAUGAAGCUUUGAAGAUAAGUCAAUUAGCUUGUAAAAUUUUAAAAACUAAAGCAUAAGAUAAUUUAGCUUAUCUUUUAGAAUUAAGUUAUUAUAGAGCUUAUAAUUUUUAUAAGAAUUCUUAAAAAGAAUAGGCUAGAAAAGAAUGUGAAGAGUAUUUUAAUGUUUUACAAUUAUAUUGGGAUUAAAUAUAAGCAUAUGAUUAAUAAGAUUAAAGUCAUUCAGAUAUAAUCAAUAAUAAUAAAGAUUUACAGUCAUUUCCAAUUUAAUUGAUUGAAAUGACUCGCAAAACUUUAAUAACUUUUGUUGAGAUAUUUUUAGCAGAAGCUUCAAAAGAACAUAGAAAUUUUUUAUAUUAGAUGUUUGAUUUGAUUAUAGAGAAUCAUGCAAGAUCUAAUUUAUUAGAAUAAUUUGAUUCUUAGUUUAAUGUUUAAUUCAUUCAUGUAUUAAAGAAAAUUAAAACAUUGGGUAGUUUAUAAGCUUAUUUUGAAUGGUCAUUAAUAUAAUUUGUAGAUAAAACAGGAGGUGAUACUAAUUGGUUAACAUUUAAUUUUAAAGUUUAAAAUUAUGAAUAGUUAAAAGAACCAUAUGAAAAUUAUGAAUGUAUAGUUGUAACAAUAGGUAGAAAGAUAUUAAGUUAGAUUUUUGAAAAGAUUAUGAUAAAUAAUCCAUGA